AUGCCUCCUCCGCCAGCGCCGCAAGCGCAGCAGGCAGAGCAGGCGCACACCCCCGCCACAGACGUCCCAGACGUUGCACCCGACACGGGGCCGCCGCCAGCCGUCACCGUCGCCGCCACCAGCACCACCGCUACCGCCUCCCCGGCGGCCGAGACAUCCCCGACGACGACGAGCACCACCUCGCCGACGCUGACGCAGCCCCCGCCGACGCCAGCGACCAACGCGCGCCCCGACCCGGCCAACACGCGCGUGCUCCUCCGCUCGCUCGAGGAGCUGCGCGACUCGCUGUCCGUCCGCGUCGAGCAGCUGUCCCUCGCCGUCGACCGCCUGCGCGGCCAGGCAACCGAGCUCGAGCGCGCCGUCACCUCUGGCACGGCGCUCGCGCCCGGCUUUGGCCGCCCCGUCCACACCUCUGCGGCUCGCUUUGACCCCCUCCCGGCGCCGGCGUUGGCCACCCGCCGAUACACGGUCCGCACGGUAGGCGAGGACGAACCUCCUUACGAGCCUGUGACGCAGCACACCCGCCGCACGGCGGCGCGGACGGGCUCGGUUGCCGCCGCUGCGGGUGGGCGUGGUGCCGCGCCGUCCCGCCUCGGUCCCAUCACUCGCCGCGGAGGAGCGGCCGCAGCUUCAGCGGUGGCGGCGGCGACGACGACGACCGCAACGACCUCGUCGCCGUCACCCACCUCGCCAGCAGCGUCACGCUCAGUCGGACACCACCCCCGUGUGGGAUCGUCGCCUACAAACCUCAAGGUGACGGCCACACAGCCCAAACCCAUUGUUGUUCGCUCCCCUCGCCCUUCGGUCGAGCCUGCAGCGCCUGCGCCUGCAGUGACUGUUUCCGAAGACGGCGCCGAGUCGGGCACGUCCACACCGCAGGCUCACGCCACGGCUGUCUUUCCACCUAUUGUGUCUAACGACGAUGACACUGCCCCCCGCCUUCGCCCUCCACCACGUCUUGAGUGGACACUCAGCGCCGUCAUGGAGAGGCGCCCGUCCCCUGAGCCGACGUCGGUACCCAUCCGUCCUCGGAGAAUAGCAUCGGUUCUCGACCAGAACCGCGCCCCCACGCUGGCCACCCUGUCCGCGCGCGGCAUCACGACCCGCGGCAUGAUGGUUCGCGAGCGACAGGGGCUCAAUGCACCGGCACCCCAGACUGCGUCGAGCACCAGCUCGAGCGACUCGAGCAGCGACGAGUUGCUUCCAUUCACCCAAGUCAUGGCCCACAGGAUACGCGAGCAGCGCACCGACUUUGCCGGCGCGUUCCGGUUCCAGGACGUCAUUGCCGACCACCCGCCACCGCCCCGGGACAUUGAGACACUCGACCGCGAGAUCCAGCUCUACCUCACUCGUCUGGCGGCCUCUCAGCGCGAGUGGACCAGGGCGUGGGAGAUGGAGCGCGACAGGGCGAUGCAGGGCGGCCGUGUGCCAAACGAGUUCUCGGCGCAGCGUGAGAGCGCCAUGCGCAAUCAUGUCGCCAACUCACACAGGCUGUGGUACCUCCUCAGCCGCCGCGCGAGCCGCCGCGGUCCCCGUGAUCGUGACGCGGUCGACAGCCAACUUGCUGUUGAUGCCACCACCACGACCAGACUCCCAGUUCGUGAUUACCCAUCUUCUCCACGAGCUGCCAACCGCCCAGUCAGUGUCUACGCCGGUACCGCUCCUCCCAUUCCGAACGACGCGACAAUCGAAGACAUGGAGCGCCGCUGGAUCGAGAGGAUCGAGCGUGAGCGAGCCGGCGGCCCUUCCGAGGCAAGCGAGGACCAGUUUGAAUUCGAGUACUACCGCAACUACCUGUACGAGAACCGUCGCUCGCGGCGCUCGUUAUCGUCCACGACCGACGACAGUGGCGAUGCCAACGACUCUUGGCCACAGCGCCGCCUCGAGCUCCUCGAGUUAAUUGCCCAGUCCCGCUCGUAUGUGACGGGUACGGCGGCGGCGACGACGACGGCGCCGACCUCCGCACCGACCACAGCCCCGACCACCGCGCCGAGCGAUGAGGCUGAGGACCGCAGCAGCUUCAGGCUGCCAUCAGUGGCCGUUGACUACGUCAACGCCAUGAGAGAGAGGGAGGCCACAGAUGCCGCAAUCUCAGGCGUCUUCAAUCUCCCCGCCUCGAUUUCAUCGGGCAACCCAGGCGAGGACGACUUUUGGCACACGCGCAGACGCGACCUGCUCGAGUACAUUGAGCAGUCUCGCGCCAGAGUGCAUGACAUGGCCCGCGAGCUGUCGCCCAGCGUCCUCCAGGAGGAGCGCCCAGCGUUGCGCCGCGUCCUGGAAGGCCUUGAGCGCAUGCUUGCGCUCGACGACGACAUGUCGCCCGACAUGCGUGCGCGUCUUGAGCGCCUCGCGGCGCGUGAGCGCGAGUUGCUUCGCGACAUUGGCGAAGAGCCGCCCGCUCCCGUCCAGCGCUCGGCCAUCGAGAGCCUUGCGAGCGUCGAAGUUACGACUCGCCGUGGCGACAGACAGAGACAAGUCGUCGAAAGGAUCGAGCGCACGCGCUCGAGACUGCGCGAGCUGUCGAGAAUCCACCGCGACCUGAGCACUGUGCGUGCCGGCAUGGGGCUCGCCCCCGCGCCCCGCAGCGCCCAGUCGCCUCUGUUUACCCGGCGCGACAGCGACGCCGAGACUGUCGUGCCUGAUCUCGGCUCGCCGGAGGAGACUUUCUGGGCGGCUGACGAGGAGGCCGAUGCCGACGCCGAUGAAGCUGAGCCUGCCUCUGGUCCGACGACCGGCUCGAACUCGGACGCGCAGCUGCGCUCGUCGCUCAUGUCCCUGUCGCUUUCUGCCGACUCUGACGCGAGCUCAGAGCCCGAGUCGACCGACGCCCGCGAGGGUGUGCGCACCUUUGCGUUUGAGGACGACGGCGUCGCCGACAAGGAGGGCGGCCUGCUCGCUGCCGAGACGUGGCCCUCGGCGCCGGCGCUCCCCCGCCGAGUGCGCCGCUACGUCUCGCUUGUUGAUUUGUGA